GUAUGUUCUGCUUGAGGUUGACAGAGUUAAGAGUUCCAUCAGGAGUGAAACAGGGCGUCCCCGUGUGGCUGUAUUGUGGAUACGACCUGGAAAAGGAUGACCUGUACUCUGUGAAGUGGUACAAAAAUCAUGUGGAGUUCUACCGCUACCUACCGAGUGACGAACCACCUGGACAAAAGUACGAUCUAUUGGGUGUCCAUAUCAACUUAAACAAGUCUAACCAGACGCAUGUUUACCUGGAGAAAACUGAUCUCAACAGUGAAGGGUCUUACGGCUGUGAGGUGUCGACAGAAGCGCCCUCAUAUCGAACCGUUAAGGCAGACAAGGAUAUGACUGUUUAUGUGCUACCAGAAGGAAAGCCUACAAUUGAUGGAAUAGAUGGAAUGUAUGAGAUCGGGGAUUACGUGAACCUGACCUGUGUAUCUAAACCAUCUAAACCAGCAGCAGUGUUGUCUUGGACAAUUAACAGUCAACUGGUUGAUGAGCGUUUUCUAACUCCCAUGGUUACGGAACGACAUCUGGAUGGCUUGGAAAGUACUAUCUUAGGCCUGCAGUUCCAGGUAACACUCAACCAUUUCAACAAAGGCGUGAUGACCGUACGAUGUACAGCUACCAUUUCGCAAAAUUAUUACAGCCACAGUGAAGAGACGCUACUUGGAGAGAGACUGAAGUCGGCUUCUCCGGACGCUUUAUUCGGACAUAAUGAAGCUGGACCCAAGAUAACCGGUGGUCAAACAAGGUACCACGUAGGUGAUGUUGUAGACGUGAACUGUACAUCGGCUAGAGACGUGAGACCUGCUGAGCUGCAUUGGUUCAUUAAUGACAAAAAGGCGAAGUCGGACUACAUCAUUAAAUAUUCUGACAUCCAGUACGUGGAUAACACGGUAUCUGCUGUACUAGGCUUAAAGUUCAGAGUUCAUCAGGAACACUUCCUCUCAGAUGGGCUUCGUCUCAAGUGCACGGCAACUGUUUCCAGAGUAAUUGGUACCAGCAGCAAAGAAACUGUAGUUGGUAAUCUUCGUCAAAGUUCAGGUCUUCAUGUGUCAGAAAAUAGUGGCUCUGCUUUGAAUCAUGGUUCCGGCUGUUACCUACAAGCUUGGCUUCUCUGGUGUUUGGUGGCUCUGCUCUGGUCUGUAACAGACUAGUCAGUAACAAGUCGCGAGAGAUCCUCAGAGAUUAAAAAAAUGACUCGAGUGUCUGUGUAAUUUCUUAUGUAGUUUUAACCGAGGAAACUAGCCAGUCUCUUGGGAGUAAAAGUGCGAAUCUCUGAGAACGCUGUUAUAAUGAAAGAGGGAUUGCUAUCGUGGUGGUAUCUUCAGAAGACUCGCAUUUUUCGACCACUAUUUAAAUAACCUUAAAUCUGAUUUGUAGCAGCGAUUGGCCUUGAAGAAAACUUUCAGUCUGACUUAUAGCAGCGAUGGCCUUGAAGAAAACUUCCAUGUUACAAGAGUCAUGUGAUACGCUCGUCGGUGUGUUUGUGCUGAAGUUGCAUCCCCUUGUAGAAGUAAAGGAAACUCCGUAUCGCUUAAUGGGGACUUCUGUGAUACGUUAACCUAUUUUAUAACGUUUCGCUUCCUGUAACAACAUUGUGCACACAUAAAUGCGUAGAACAAUAAUUCUUGGAUUUACCUGUGUUUUGGGCUUAAAUUUAAUGUUAAUGCUACUAUAUCUAUAUGUGGCUUGUGUAUAUAUAUAUAUAUACAUAUACACACAUAUAUAUACAUACAGACCAAUACAUAUACAGUACGUGGGUUUAUUUUUACGUGCCACUUUCUACAAUGUGUUAUCAAUUUGUUCUAAAAAAUGUGAGUCAAAUCUUACAAUCCUUUGCAUAAAACCUGGUUUAGUAACAAAAAAUUAAUACCUCACAUCUGAAGUCUUAAGUUACCUUAAAUUGAUUUCUUUAUCUUAAUAAACAUAAAAUCCUCACAACUUUUACAUUUUAAAUUUUUAAUAGUACUACAUAGAAUAAACCGCCUUUUUCAUGAAUUAAAAAGUCAACUUUUUACAAUAUUAUUCCUAUAGAAGCUUAAUCGAAAAGACCGAUUCCUUCAGUUCUUGAGUUUCAAAACUGACUGUUUCGUACAUUCUAUUCAUCUAAUGAUGGAAACAUUACUUCUUAUCUAGUUAUUUCAAAUAAAGUUUUGCCAGGAACUAUAUAUAUAUAUAAACGUUCAACUGAAAGAAUAACAUCGUUGUCCUAGAAUAAUUCCUUGAAUGAAGAAAAUUAUAAGAUCAGAAAUCAACCCGUCUAACAAUUAAAAGAUCAGAAAUCAACCCGUCUAACAAUUAUAAGAUGAGAAAUCAACCCGUCUAACAAUUAAAAGAUCAGAAAUCAACCCGUCUAACAAUUAUAAGAUCAGAAAUCAACCCGUCUAACAAUUAUAAGAUCAGAAAUCAACCCGUCUAACAAUUAAAAUAUCAGAAAUCCACCCGUCUAACAAUUAUUAGAUUAGAAAUCAACCCGUCUAACAAUUAAAAGAUCAAAAAUCAACCCGUCUAAGAAUUAGAAGAUCAAAAAUCAAUCCGUCUAACAAUUAGAAGAUCAGAAAUCUAACGAGCAAAAUAAUCCUGAUACGAAACUCGUUGUUUUAUGAUCUUUGUCUCUCCUGUUUGUUUUACAUUUUUUAGAAAACCUCACAAAAUAACCACUCGAUAACUUAAUAUAAAAUGCUAGAUGAGUUAACUACAGUUGAGACAAACAUCGUUUUGAUCCAGUGUCACUGGAUGAACGAUUUCAGUGUAAACGCUGGCUUCGCCCAUGUAUCGCCUGUUGUAUCAUGUGUUGCCAGGUUAACGAUGGUCAAGGUAAACACCGGUUUGACCACGUAUUACCAGUUGAACGACUUCAAGACUACUGCUGGUUUUACUACGUAUUACUGGUUGAACAAUAGAGAAUAUGAAGUUAGUUUAACCACGAUUUGCUCAUUGAAUGACACGUUUGACCUACUUAACUUACGAUUAAGGUAAAUUCUGGUUUUACCACAUAUUGCUGGGUGAGCCAUGGUCAAGAAGACAUCGGUUUUACCACGUAUCUCGAUUGAGUAAUUAAUAUUGAAAAUAAGCGUUCUAGUUUAGCACUUCUCACGUAUUACAAACAAUAUUUUUAAGUUUCAAUAAUAUUUAGAAUAAUUAAUCAGCUUCUUUGGAAAAAUUACACAUAAAAAACUUUUGUUUUUCUUCUUCUCAAGAAUGUUUAUAAUUCUCUAUGCAUUAAACUCCCCUUUUCUUAAUCUGUUCACAUUAAACGAAAAAACAUUAUCUUUUAAACUUUCAGGUAUGUUCUGAAUACUACUUUUUUAUAAGUUAUGUUAAAUAUUGAUAAAAGUUACUUUAUUUUCAUAGGCAGUUUAUUGCUGAAUAUAAAUUUUAAUUCAUAAACGCGACAAUUUACAUUAAUCGAUACGUUAAAAUAAAAUAUUCUAUUGAAACUGUGGCAAUUGUUAAACGUAAAGAAAAUGAAUCGUGUACAAGGUUAUUAUUAUUCAACAACAGAGACACUUCGUUGUUUAAUAUACCAUAAAACAACUUUUCUUGGGUUGUUUAGAGUAUAACAUGGUGUUUUCUUGUCAUUUUCUGCUGUACAGAGAUUCAGAAACUUAAACUGAAGUUAACUUUUGCACAAAAAACGACAACAAAAACGCUACGCAGGCUCUUUGUAAUUAUACACAAUAGUCACUGGUGUUAAAAUAUAAAUGUAAAUAUGAUUAUGAAAUGAAUUUUGUUGUUAAUUUUCGAUAAACAUAAUAGGCCAUUUAAGGAAACAUUUCGAACGUAUUUUCUUUAUUAACAAACUGGCCCUAAACUUCUCAGUUUUAUAAAAUAGAUCCGGGAAUUUGAUGUUUAUAAUACUAUGAAGUGAUUGAUUCAAGUUUGCUUUUAAAAAAUUCACAAAUUUGGAUUUAGAAUCAAAAUUACGUUAAGACAAAAUAUAGUUAAUUCUUGAUUUUCGUUUCGUUUAUUUUAUACUUGCUAAAUAUAGUUGUCAUAAUUUUUCUUAAGACCGUCCAAUUGUUUUUCAGGAUAUGUAAAAAACCAAAAAGAAAAAGAAUAUAAAAGUAAAAUUUAUUCAUCUCCACUGCAUAUUAAGAAUUUUAAUAGGCUGAUUUAAAAACACGAAUGUAAUCAAUUAUAAGUUUAAUACGUAAAACAAAGCCAAGUCUAGAACGGUCUAAUAGUUUUUGAAAAAAAAAUUCGUUGAGAUAUGACAUUCGGUCGGCGUUUCGUACACGUUAACCUCUAGUCAAUUUCUGAUGUCAGAAGAACCCUAAAUGUUUCAUAAUGGAAGUUUCGUUUAGUACAAAAUAUAAUUGUAAAUUAUUCUUGUUAUUAAAAUAAAUUGUUUACCCUUAGGAACAUACAGAGUAUUCGAAUGUUACUGAAGAAUAUAUAUUUCGUUUGAUUUUUUCACUUGAAUUCGACUUUUCAUCUUUGUUAGAAAACCAAAUUCUAUAGGCCAUCGUUAUAUUCUUAAUCUGGACAUAAACAACAAAAAUUUUCUGAAUAUUAACCACACAUAAGUUUGGAGCCAUAUACAUUUUACAGUAAAACCUCGAAUCCAGAUUGUGUUUUUAACCUGCUUAUCAUUCGAGAAAAUACUCACAUAUACUUCUGUGGUUAGUAUGAUUAAAAAAUGUAUUUAUGAAAUUAGCAUUACUAAUGAAUAUUUCAAUAACUGAAGCUUAGCUCUUUGUAGAACUCAGGUUCUGUAUACGAAAUAAAAUAUAGACCACUCACUCAGCUCUGUUCACGUGUUUUAUUGGGUGUGCUAGCUUUUUGUUGUUUUUCUUAUCUAGACAUUUCUGAGAGUAGCAUGUUUUGUUUUGUUUCUUCAUGACAUUACUGUUUUGAAUUGUUUGACGCCAAUUAAUUACAGUGAGUAAACACUCGCAAGUUCACCGUGACACUUUACAAGGAAGACUUGUCCUAAGUGCUGAUGAGCACUUCCCCUAAAGAUGACACACAUUUAAAAUUUAGACUAGCUGCCUCCGAAACGUUACGACAACCGCGUAUGGAAUUCCUUAGGUACUGAAAAGAACGCCGCGUUCUCUUCUCGCGACGUCUUCGUUUGGAUGCUCGGCAUCUGACGAAUGAAAUAAAUGAGCGCUAACAAACUGUUCUUCUAACGUGUGUUGACGACGGAAGCAGGAUUAUCUGUUUAUGGGAAGCCUAAGUUAAACACAUUUUGUGCUUGGGUGGUUUUUGUCACUCUCAUAAUGGGUCUGAGCAGCCGUACGACACGCCUGACUUGCUACCUCAGUUAACAGUUACUUGUGCCAAGAUCUAGCGUUCCAAUUGAAACCAGACGGGCGGAAAACUGUUGCAGGAGACAGAGCAGAGAAGCAGUGUUAUUUUAAGAAUAUUAACCAUAAAAGAAAUUUGACACCAGGGAUGAAAAUAAUGCAACCAUUCAGGCAUCUACAUCCUUAACUGUUUUUGUAAGCCUUAUCUAGGGUGUUCAUUAUCCAGUGAGCUUCAUUAAGCCUGAACUAGUAUGUGAAAUUCUAAAUGCCGACUGAAGAACGUUCUCGAGUACCUGUAACAAAGUUAGCUUACAUUAAGCAAUUUUUCACAUGCAGGUUCAACAAUCUCUUUACGCUCUAGAUGUUUGGUACAAAGACUAACACUUGAAUCCACGAAUUUUGACAGCUUUUGAUAGUUAAGAAUACGUAGUGGGGGGGGGGGGGACAAUGUUUCAUUGGUAUAAUAAAACACAAUGUUUGAAAUCAAAUUAACUGAAUAAUCACAGCUAAUAUUUAAAGUGAUAUCGUUCUACAAAUUUUGUUGAAAUAGUUUGUGAAAUUCCAAUUU